UCGACCAAACGACUCCAACCAACCCGGAACUUUUAAAUCAACUAAUCAUUCCUGAAAACUUGUUUCGAGGAGUUUCCUCCUGCUUUUUUUUUUUUGUUCAGAUGUUUCUUUAAGAAAAAAGUAACUUCUGGAUACUGAGCGUUGUUCCCUCUGAAGGAAAAAAAAAAGACAGCUGCAAAUGUUUCUCGCUCCGACUGCGGCGGUUCCUGCAGGACAGUAGCCCUCGACUUGUCUUUUCAAACCAGCCAGAGAGUGGGGGAGUCGAAAGGUGCCAAAAUGCCACAGCAGAAGGACAUAGUGAAGAUAGCCAUCCAGAUGCCUGGGGCCUACCCCCAGCUCAUACAACUGGACCAGAAAAAGCCUCUGUCUGCUGUCAUAAAGGAGGUGUGCGAUGGCUGGAAUCUCCCAGGUCCUGAGAACUACGCUCUGCAGUACGCUGAUGGAGUGCAGACGUACAUCACUGAAUCAAAUCGUCUGGACAUUAAGAACGGCUGCAUUCUGCGACUGACCAAGGCACCGGGUCGCUGCGCAGAGGACUUGUUCAAGGGCAUCCAGAGCUCAGACUCAGGCGUGCGCUGCGAUUCGCUGAAGGAACUGGCGAGUGUUUCCACAGACGUGACCUUUGCUCAGGAGUUCAUCAGUCGUGACGGACACCUCUUAUUGGUCAAGAUAGUAGAGGAUUCUAAUGAGAGUAAUGUGAUCAUGACCCACACACUGACAGGCUUCAUGGAACUGAUGGAUCAUGGGAUAGUUUCUUGGGAGAACAUAUCGUCUGUCUUCAUCAAGAAGAUUGCCAGCUUUGUCAACGCCAAGCCGACCGAUGCAUCAAUACAGCAGGUGUCGUUGGACAUCCUGGAGAGCAUGGUGCUGAGCAGUCACAGCCUCUUCCUGCAGGUCAAACAGGAAGUCACCAUGGAGAGGCUUAUCGCUCACCUCCAGGUGACAAAUCAGCAGAUACAGACUAAAGCCAUGGCCCUGCUUAUGGCCCUACUACAGACAGCAGGCGACUCCGACAGACAGGAGAUGUUUGCAUUCCUAAAUAAGAAGAAUCUCCGUCAGUACAUUUAUAAGAACAUCAUCCAUAGUUCUGGUUCAGUCCAGGACGAGAUGGCCCACUACCUCUAUGUCCUACAGUCAGUUACUCUGAAUCACCUGGAGCCUCGCAUGAGGACGCCUCUGGACUGUUACAGCCAGGAGCAAAGAGACAUCCUUCACAGUUUGCGGCAGGCGGCGUUCGAGACAGAAAGCGAGAACAGCCUGAGCCACGAGAGGCGACGCUCGCUCUGCGCUAAAGAGUUCAAGAAACUGGGCUUCUCUAACAAUAGUAACCCUGGUCAGGACUUGGUACGGACACCUCCUGGUCUUUUAGCUUUGGACACCAUGUUUUAUUUUGCCUCACGCUAUCCUGAUGCCUACAGCAGGUUUGUUCUGGAGAACAGCAGUAGGGAGGACAAACAUGAGUGUCCGUUUGCCAGGAGCAGCAUACAGCUCACACUCAUCCUGUGUGAAAUUCUUCGCAUCGGAGAGCCACCCUCAGAGACGGGAUCUGACUACCACCCCAUCUUCUUCAGUCAGGAUCGGCUCAUGGAGGAACUUUUCUGUGUCUGCAUUCAGCUGCUCAACAAGACCUGGAAGGAGAUGAGAGCCACACAGGAGGACUUUGACAAGGUGAUGCAGGUGGUGAGGGAGCAGAUCACCAGGACAUUGUCCAGUAAGCCGACCUCCCUGGAGCUCUUCAAGAACAAAGUCAACGCUCUCAACUACAGCGAGAUCCUCAAACUGCGGCAGACGGAGCGGCUGCACCAGGAGGAGACUCUCGCUCCGCCUGUGCUUGAGCUCAAAGAACGCCUGAAGCCAGAGCUGCUCGAGUUGAUCCGCCAGCAGAGACUCAACAGGCUGUGUCAGGGAACGAUGUUCAGGAAGAUUAGCAGCCGGCGCAGACAGGAUAAACUGUGGUACUGCCGCUUGUCGCCCAAUCACAAAAUGCUUCACUAUGGCGAUGUGGAGGAAGACACGGACAAUCCGCCAAUAGAAACGCUGCAAGAGAAGAUUCCAGUAGCAGAUAUCAAAGGCCUGCUGACAGGAAAAGACUGUCCUCACAUGAAAGAGAACAAAGGCAAACAGAACAAGGAGGUGCUGGACCUGGCGUUUAGCAUCACAUAUGAUGUCGAGGAGUACAGUCUGAACUUUAUCGCACCCUCCAGAACUGACUUCUGCCUGUGGACAGAUGGGCUGAGCGUUCUCCUGGGCCGGGAGAUGAGUAGUGAAUCCAUGCGCAGCGAGCUGGAGAUCCUCCUCUCUAUGGAGAUUAAGCUGCGCCUCCUGGACCUCGAGAAUGUCCCCAUCCCCGACAGCGCGCCGGUAGUCCCCAAACCUCCGAGCAACUACAACUUCUGCUACGACUUCAGCCAGACUGAGCAGUAGAGCGUGUGCACAGGCUGGAGUGCAACUAGGAUGUGCGAAUGUGUAAAUAUAUGUGUAUGUGUAUGUGUGUGUGUGUGUUUGUGUGUUUGUGGUGAGAUUUGAUCUGUGCGUCCAUGCACUUAUUAACACAGAUUUAUAACCCUGACAUUAGAAUUUUCUUCUGUGGCCUCAUUCUCUACAUCCAAGUGAAACUGAAAACAUGGAAAGAGUCUCUUAAACUACAAUAGCGGUUGUGGGUAGGAAUCGCUACCAAAUGGCUCUCAGCCGGAUUAAUGCUGCAGAUUAUCACUCCCCAACUGGGAUAGAAGUUUUCUUUCUUUUCUCAAUCAGUUGAUGUUCAGCUGUUCUCCUUCCUGUUCCUCAUCUGUCUGGAAACAUCAACAAAUUCCAAAAACAGAGACUUGGAUAAAUGAGAUUCUUGAUGUUAUAAAAUACCACCGCUCAAGUAAUGGUACUUUAAUUUUGUUGUGUAAUCAGUUUUAUAUUUCUAAAUAUAUCUAAACUAUGUAUGAUACGUGGAAUAUUCCUGUGUGCGAGGCUGCUUAUUACUGGUUGGCGCUGUAGACGCUUUGAUCUGGUUGUGCUCAUUUCUCCUAAAUUCUUGUAUGUUUUUUGUUUUUUUUAUUAAUGGGCAUUAACUAGAACACAGUGCUUUUUCAAGAUGUGGUACAUGUCUGAUUCAUUUCCAAUGUGAUAUAGAACUACAGUAUGUUUUCAAUGUUGGAUGAUUUUUCUUGCUUAAAUACACCUAUAGGUACUGGCCUUUGUACGGAUCCCAGUGGCUCAGUGAUGAUUACUGUGGAGCGGAGAUGCUCUGACUUCUUGUUUUAUAGCAGUGCAGAUUUGCAUUAGGUACUAAGCUGACUUUUUUUUUUUUUUUUUCUUGUGGUGGUAAAGCCACUUUACAACUUUACAACAAUCAACAGUUUGAAAAUUAGAAAGAAAACUUGUGACUAGUUUAAUAUCUGACCAACAAUCAUCCCUGUGAGUCUGUACGACACAGAACUGCAUUGAACCCUGAUUUAACUCUAACUGAAUCAUUUUAUACAAGGUAAUUAUUAUAAUGUGAUGCGCUCAAUCUCACCAUGCAUUCACUGGGGGCUGCAAGCAGCACAGAACUGACACAGAUCUACAGAAUAUCAUAGUGUGUGUGUGUUUUCGGCCAGUUUUUGGCACCGGGUUAUUACAUUUCAGCACGGUCA